AUGAAGGUGAUACUUCCGAGGGCAUCGGCUCUCUCUCGAGGGAGCCAUGGCGUUUGCAAGGCCGUCACGAUCCCCGUCGCAACUUCAAGCUCUCAGCGGUCCUUCUCCGUCCUCAACAGGCCGCCGCCGAACUACCCUGGCCAUGUGCCCUUGACACAUGUCGAGCGCGCGGGACUCGCCAUCGGGUCCGGCAUCAUGUCGCUGGUGAAUCCAUAUCGUGGAGACCUCAUCGCCGCCUUCGCCGAAGCAACCUCGACCCCGUACUUCAUCCCGCGCCUCCGCGACGCGAUGCUGCGCUCCCCGACCGGCCGGCGGAUCCUGCGCGACCGGCCGCGGCUGACGUCGGCGUCGCUGGACCUCCCCCGGCUGCGCGGGCUGCCGCCCAACACGGUGGGGCGCACGUACGUGGGGUGGCUGGACCGGGAGGGCGUGACGCCGGACACGCGGUCGGCGGUGCGGUACAUCGACGACGAGGAGUGCGCGUACGUGAUGCAGCGGUACCGCGAGUGCCACGACUUCUACCACGCGCUGACGGGCCUGCCCAUCGUGCGCGAGGGCGAGGUCGCGCUCAAGGCGUUCGAGUGGGCCAACACGGGCCUGCCCAUGACGGGGCUCAGCAUGUUCGCCGCGCUCACCCUCAAGCGGAGCGAGAGGCGCCGCUUCGCGUCCGUGUACCUGCCGUGGGCGCUGAGGAACGGCUGGCGCGCCGAGGAGGUCAUCAAUGUGUACUGGGAGGAGGAGCUCGAGAGCGACGUCGACAAGCUGAGGGCUCGGCUGGGCGUCGAGCAGCCGCCUGACCUGAGGGCCAUUCGGAAGCGGGAGAGGGAGGAGAGGAAGAGGCUGAAGGAACUGGCGGCAGCUGAAAAGGGGCCAGCAACGAAGGCUUGA